AUGUCUUCGCAGGAUGUCACCAGUCUGACUAAUUUUUUCCAGAACACUUGUGGGUUAGCACCGGAAGAAAAGCAACUUUCUGUUAGUGGAAAAAAUUGGGGAGAAGUGGAUUUAAAUGGCAAUAUGCUUAGUUUUCUUGUUGAUUCAAGACAAGCAUUUGAAGUAUCUUUAGCAGAUGUCUCCCAAACACAACUUCAGGGGAAAAAUGAUGUCAUGUUGGAGUUCCAUGUGGAUGAUACAACUGGGGCCAACGAGAUUCAAUUCUUGUUUUUCCAUCAUGAUUACAAAAAGAUUCACUUAUGGAGAUAA